GCCUACCUAAGGCAGCCACAUGUUACUGCUGGCCACAAUCUAAUGACAUCCACACAUUCACAGUUUAUACAUGGCAUAUUCUUUUUACAAUGAAUCCUAUUAAACUGCCAAAUGCAACACAUCGGUCAGUUCAUUGGACCUUGAUUAGGAGAGUGGUUAGCCGUCUGUAUAGCUGAGUAUACAUCCAUGGGGCCAACACAGCACGGAGAGAGCACAGGAUUUCUGAAGGAGACUUCUCCCAGCGAGACCCACAAUAACACAAAGACCGGAUCAAGCAAAAGACGGAGCACCGGGGAGCUGUGGGUGUGAUGCCGGUGAACGUGUGCUCCCUCUGUGGUUGGACUACAGUAGAGGCGCGGUGAGGUGACCGAGAGGACAGACGCUCUGUGUUAAAGGACUGCACCGGUCACCAUGCGGGUCCUGCUGAGCGUCCUGUACCCCGUCCUCUCCCUCACCAUCUUCGGAUUAUAUCCCUCUAUGACUAUCGGCCCAAAGGAGGGAUGGCAGGUGUACAGCUCAGCCCAGGAUGCUGAUGGCCGCUGCAUCUGCACAGUGGUGGCACCAGAACAGAGCCUGUGCUCCAGAGAUGCCAAGAGCAGACAGCUCCGACAGCUGCUAGAGAAGGUGCAGAACAUGUCUCAGUCAAUCGAGGUGCUGAACCUGCGCACUCAGAGGGAUUUCCAAUAUGUCAUGAAGAUGGAAAACCAGAUGAAGGGCCUGAGGACCAAGUUCAGACAAAUUGAGGAUGACAGGAAAUCCAUCAUAGCCAGAAACUUCCAGGAGCUUAAGGACAAGAUGGACGAGCUGAAGCCCUUGAUCCCUGUACUCGAGCAGUACAAGAUGGAUGCUGCGCUCAUUUCCCACUUCAAGGAGGAGAUCAGGAACCUCUCAGCAGUGCUGACAGGUAUCCAGGAGGAGCUUGGGGCCUUUGACUACGAUGAGCUCUAUCAGCGAGUCCUACGACUGGACAACAGGCUCCGCAACUGUAUGGGCAAACUAACGUGUGGGAAAUUAAUGAAAAUCACUGGACCUGUUACAAUAAAGACAUCUGGAACCCGGUUUGGGGCAUGGUUGACUGAUCCUCUAGCAUCAAACAGGGUUUGGUAUAUGGACAGUUACACUAACAGCAAGAUUGUGCGUGAGUACAAGACAAUGGACGAUUUUGUAGCAGGGGUGGUUUCCCGAACCUACAGCCUCCCAUUUAAAUGGGAGGGAACCAAUCACAUUGUCUACAAUGGAUCACUUUACUACAACAAGUACCAGAGCAACAUUAUUGUCAAGUACAGCUUCGAGACAGGCAGCGUGCUGGCCCAGCGAGCUUUGGAGUUCGCCGGCUUCCACAACAUGUACCCAUAUACAUGGGGGGGGUACUCCGACAUCGAUGUCAUGGCGGACGAACUGGGAAUGUGGGUUGUGUACGCAACCAAUCAAAAUGCUGGAAAUGUCGUCAUCUCCCAGAUAGAUCCUGACACCCUGCAUGUACUGAAGACUUGGAACACUGAGUACUCCAAAAGGAAUGCGGGUGAGUCAUUCAUGAUCUGUGGGACGCUCUAUAUCACUAACUCUCACCUGUCAGGGGCAAAGGUUUACUACGCGUACUCUACGAAGACUUCAAGUUACGAAUACAUAGACAUACCUUUCCACAACCAGUACUUUCAUAUCUCCAUGCUUGACUACAACGCCAGAGAGAGAGCACUGUAUGCCUGGAAUAAUGGACACCAGGUAAUAUUUAAUGUCACCCUCUUCCAUGUCAUAAAAACCGAUGAUGACUCUUAAACACGAUACUUUUCCAAUCACAACUAAAGCACCAUUAUUUGUGAUACAAGGACCUCCUUAUAUAACCAUGUUUUCUUUUGUCGAAACGGACUAUGGUAUCUUUACUUGCCAUUUCUUGAACCUUUCUAAUUUUUGGCUCUGGAUUCUUGACUGAACUGAGCAUGGACACCAGAGACUUGAUACCUUACUGGAAAACAUGUUAAACAUUUUUUAGACUUUUUCUUUGCUGCUGA